AUGGGCGUCACUGGUUCACAACAAAACACGGAUAAAAAGCCGGUGGUUAUUAUAAUUGGUGGUGGCUAUGGUGGAGUCGAAGCUGCAAAAAAGUUGGAUAAAUCUGGUCACUUUUUUGUUAUUCUAAUUGAUCGAAAAUCUUAUUUUUUACACAAUAUCGCGGCUCUACGCGCAUCUGUUGAAAAUGAAUAUGCCCGUCAAAUAAUGAUACCAUACGAUAAGUUAUUAAAUAAUGGAUGUGUUAUUCAAGCCGAAGUGGCCGCCGUCACAACAGAGCAUAUCUUAAUUCAUGGAAGCUCAACUCCGAUGACAUUUGAUUAUCUCAUUAUUGCUACUGGUAGCUCAUAUGCUUUUCCGGCCAAAGUUUCAGAUCAUAAUAGUGCUGAAGCCUAUUUAAGAUACAAGCAGUUACGAGAAAAAAUCGAAAAGGCCCAACGAAUAUUAAUUGUGGGUGGAGGUCCUGUGGGCUGCGAAUUGGCUGGUGAAAUAGCUGAAGAUUUUAAAAAUAAACAAGUUACACUUAUUCAUUCACAGACUGCACUAAUCAAUCCAAAUCUAUUCAAUCCAAAAUUUUGUCAAGCUAUACGUGAACAAUUAGAAUCUUUAGAUGUUAAAGUUUUACUCAAUGAGAGAAUUGAUUUAAAACCAAUGUUAGAAGACUAUAAACAAAGUGAUAUGAACUAUUUGGAAGGUGAAUACACUGUCAAUACGGACAAACAGACACCGAUAACAUCCGAUCUCAUUUUUAUUUGUACCGGAACAAAAGUUAAUAAUAGAAGUUUAGAUGCAUUUCGUUUACAUUUCAAUGCCGAAGGACGAAUAAAUGUUAAUAAUCAUUUACAAGUUCCCGGUUAUAAAAAUAUAUUUGCCAUUGGUGAUAUUAGUAGUAAAGAAACAAAAAUGGCAUUCUACGCAGGAGCACAAGCCAGUUACGUUGCGUCGGUUAUUAAAGCCAUGCAACAAAACAAAUCUUUUAGAGAAUAUACAGCAGCAAAAAAUCGAGCAAUGUUAGUAACUAUCGGACGAAAUGGUGGGGUUGGUCAACUGCCGACUAGUAGUCAAACGGUUGUCGGUAAAACAGUUGUCAAAUUAAUUAAAUCAAAAGGUAUGAUUUCUAGAAAAUAUUGGUCUAUUAUGAAUCAGAAGUAUACACCAACGGCAAACGAACAACAAAGCAAAGAAACAACAAUUGAUAGAGAAUUUGACAAAUCGUAUAAUAGAAAAAUAAAUGCAUUAUUAACAAUGGACUUUACAGAGAAUGAAGCCAACGAUCUGCUAAAAGGUUUACCAAACAGAACAUUAGAAGCUGGACAAGAUUAUAUCUAG